UCCACCUGUUUUCUUUUCCAUGCCUUUCUGGAAUAUUUUUCUCUUCUUUUCUCUUCCAUUUCACAAUUUCCUCUUAAAAUAAUUAUUAUUUUCCUUCACUUCCAUUCCAUCCUGCAAAACACAACAACACUAGUCUUCUCCUAUCUUCUUUCUCUUUCUCUCUCAUCUCACUUUCUUUCAUGCUCUCUUCUUCUUCUUUCUCUUGACUCUGUCUCUUAUGACUCAUUCUUCUUUUUCAACUUAACUUUCUUUCUCUCUCUCUCUCCAAUCUUGUUUCUUUUUUUUUUCUUCUAAUUUUUUAUCUUAUUUUAUUCAAAAGCUAUAUCACAAGGUUUUCUUCUUCUUCUCAUAUAGAGAAAAUAGCUAGAGAGUAAGCUAUCUUUCCAGAUUCUUUCCAAGAAAAAGCCUAAAAAAAGAACAAAAUAAAAUCACACAAAAAUUCCUUAAUAUUGUGUUGAAGGCUUUGAAGUUUGAGGUUUGAAGUUUGAACUAAACAAAAGGAUUUCACAGUCCCUUGUUUGUGAAUAUUGCACUUCCUUUUGUUUUUGUUUAAUCUGAUUUUAAUAAAGUAGAAAGAAAAAAAAAGGAGUUCUUGUCUUUGAUAUAUAUUUUUGUACCCUUAUAUCAAGUUUUUAGUAAUACCUUUUUUCUAAAGAAGAUGCCCUUGGAAGGGAUUUUCAUUGAACCAACAAAUCCAACAUCAUCACAAACUCAACCUGAUCUUUCUCUUCACAUAAGUCCACCAAGUACUUCUUCUUCUUUGAUUUCCAACAACAUAGAAACAACUCAUUUACUCAAUUAUGAACCUCGCAAUUCGUCAAGAACUUCGGCUCAAAAUCAAGCUCAAGCUCACACUGAACUUUCUCUUGGAAGAAAUUUUAGUGGUAGUGUUCAAGAACCACAUCAUCAGCAACAACAGCAACAACAGCAACAACAAGCUCAUAACCCUUAUUAUCAAACCCAACAAGCUCAUUUCCCGAAUCUUCAUCAUCACCACAACUCGACAACUACAACGAGUACCACAACAAAUUCUACUUCAAUGAAUCACAUAAAUUACGGCGUUUCAUUGCUCGAUGUAUCGUCCUCGUCCUCCUCGGAAGGGUUAAGACCAAUUAAAGGAAUCCCAGUCUAUCACAACCGUUCUUUCCCUUUUUUACCAGCCAUGGAACAUUCUAGAGAAAAAGAUCCAAAGAUGUGUUUAUAUCACCACAUGCCAAAUUCAACAACCCCUCCUUCUUCAUCAUCGCCUCUUUCCCCCUACAUCGCUGCAGGAGGAAGCUUAGAUCCCAUGUCGUUCUUAAACUCCAGUGGCUCAGCGGCCGCUUAUCGAGCCGCUGUAGCCACAAGGUUCAACAACAGCGAACCGUUCAAAUCUCAUCAAUAUCCAUUGCACCAUCUUCAUCAUCAUAAUCACUCACACUACGGUAACCUCGGACUCGGAAGCUCAGAAGCAUCCAUGAGAUCAAGAUUCUUACCAAAACUACCAACAAAAAGAAGCAUGAGAGCGCCAAGAAUGCGGUGGACAAGUACCCUCCAUGCCCGAUUCGUUCAUGCCGUCGAGCUUCUCGGUGGCCAUGAAAGAGCAACGCCAAAGUCAGUACUUGAACUGAUGGAUGUGAAGGAUCUCACAUUAGCUCAUGUAAAAAGCCAUUUGCAGAUGUAUCGAACUGUUAAGACUACAGACAAACCUGCAGCUUCUUCUGGAUUUUCAGAUGGAUCUGGAGAAGAUGAUGUACCUCAAACUGGAAACAAUGGUGGAAUUCGUCAAUUUUCCGAUCAAAGAAGCUUAAAUGAUAGACCAAUACAACAAGAUAUGGAUUACUCUUCCACAACCACUCUUUGGAGUAAUUCUUCAAGUAGUAGAGAACCAUGGCCACAAACUAGUCCUAACGAUGUAGAUGGUUUCAGACCAGCUAUCUUCCAGUCACAACCAAUAUCAGGAGUGCAUCAAAUUCAGGAUUGUGAUUCGAAUCAAAUGAAGAACAAUUUGUCGGGAUCUAAUUUAGAGUGUAAGAACCCAAGCUUGGAGUUCACAUUAGGCAUACCAGAUUGGAAUGGCAAAGGACAAGCCUAAUUAAUUUCCUUUGGUUCCCAUGUUAAUUAGUUGUCUCUAUUACUUUUGCAUUCAUUUAAUUAUAAUCCACAAUAUGACAUAACUUCAUCAUGCAGAGGUGUAUUAGAUAUAUAUAAAUUGGUGUGAAGAAGGAGAAGAAGAAGAUAAAAUCCCUACAUAUAGUUCUACUAAGUUCCAUAAUUUUCAGAAGUAAUUUUCUGAGUUCAUGAACAAUUUUGUUUAGCCUUUUCUUGUAUUUAUUUUUUAUUUAUUGGUGAGGUGGAGGUAUUUACAAGGUGAACCUAAUGUAGAAGAACAAGGAGGGGAAGAAAUUAAUAGUAAACUUUUAUUUUGGUUAA